ACUUCUUAUGAGUGAUUGUGCUUCUACAAUGACCGAUCGAAAUCAUAAUCGCUAUGACUCAUCAAAUCUGAACUGUAUACGGUUGACGGACUUGACCCUGCAAGAAGCCAUUGAUAUUUUGGAGUGUGAUGAUGCAGAUGAUGUCCAGGGUAUUUUCAUUGAGCCACCCGCACCCAACAUUGAUACUGAUGAGGACUCGGGGGAUGAGGAUGGGGGAGGAUAUGUUGAUAAUCUCACAGGACGACAGUUAACUAGUCAAGUUGAAGUUGUAACAAAUAGCAGAAAUGAUACAUCAGUUCUUGAUAAUACUUUCGAAGAUUUGAGCAGUUCUACUGUAGUAAAAAAUAGUAAAAAGUUGAAGAAAGAAGAUUGGAAAGAUGAAGAUUUGCCACAGAAGGAUGUUUUUUUUCCAGAGCCAAAUUAUGUACCUUAUCGGGAUAAGUCUCCAGUUGAAUUAUUUGAAAUGUUUUUUGAUGACGAAAUAAUAAAGCUAUUCAUAGAUGAAUCAUUGAAGUAUGCUCUUUUCAAGAAUUGUAAAGAUCCAAAAAUUACGUCAAAAGAAUUGAAAGUAUUUCUUGCUAUUUUAUUCCUAUCUGGCUACAAUCAGCUUCCGAGUAAACGAUCUUAUUGGGAUGAAAAGAAAGAUAUGAGAAAUGAGAUUGUCGUGGAUUCUAUGAGACGAGACAGGUUUUUAGAAAUUUGUCGUUUUCUUCAUUGUCAAGACAACAACAAUAUUAACAGAAAUGAUAAAAUGUGGAAGCUGAGGCCACUGAUGAACUUACUGCAGAAGAAGUGUAUUGCUCAUUUUCAGCCUGAGGAGAACCUUUCAUUUGAUGAGUCUAUGGUAGCUUACUUUGGUAAACACUCCUGCAAGCAAUUUAUCAGGGGGAAGCCUAUCAGAUUUGGUUACAAAGUCUGGUGUCUGAAUACAGUGUCUGGAUAUUUGAUCAAUUUUGAAAUUUAUCAGGGAAAAAAUCCAUUUGGUAAUGAGGUUUAUGAAAAAGAAUUCGGUAAAUGUGCAGCACCAUUAUUAAAAAUGAUUGAUGAAAUCCCAGAUGACAAAAAAAAUUUACAUUUUAAAUUUUAUUGUGAUAACCUCUUCACAAGCGUGAAACUGAUGGUGCACUUGAAAGAGAGAGGGUAUGAUGUAACUGGAACACUGCGAGAGAAUAGAGUACCGAAGGAAUGUGGGCUGACUCAUUCUAAGUCAUUGAAAAAGAAGGAAAGAGGUUUCUAUGAGAAGAGAUCAACUCAGUCAGUUGGGAUGAUUGUACGUUGGGUUGAUAAUUCAGUUGUUACUGUUGGGUCCACCUGCUAUGGAGUAGAGCCGCUCAUCCAUACUCAGAGGUAUUGUAAAGCAGCUAAAGGGAGAGUUCGUGUACAACAGCCAAAUGCUAUAAAGCAGUACAACAAGUUCAUGGGCGGAACCGAUCGAAUGGAUGAGAAUCUCUCAUAUUAUCGAAUUGGUGUGAGAUCAAAAAAGUGGUAUUGGCCACUUCUAACUUGGAUGAUGGAUGUUGUAAUGCAUAAUAGUUGGGUAUUAGCAAGGAAAUCUGGCUGUUCCAUUUCUCAGUUGGAUUUUCGGAGAGAGAUUGUGAAUUGCUAUUUAACGAAAUUUGGUAAUCCACGAGCUGGAAUUGGACGACCAUCUAUUUCCAAAUUCGGUGACAAUAAUUGUAGAGUCAGCAAUGAUAUAAGACUAGAUGAUUCGGGUCACUUGGCUAGAGAUUGCAACCGGCGCAGAUGUGCUGGUGAAUGCAAAGGUACAGUGAGAAGUGAAUGUAUCAAAUGUGAUGUAGGCCUCUGUCUAAAAUGUUUUGUUCCUUUCCACUCCAAAUAAAAAAGAGCAUAACUGUCAUUUGAAUAUAUAUAAUAAUUCGUAUAUGAAUGACUGAUAAUUCGAAAUAAUUUCACUUCUAUUAGUAAAAUUACUAUAGAUUACUACUAUACAGUGAAUACUAUAAAAACAAUUUUGAACUCUAAUUGAAAGCUUAUUUUGUUUCUAUAAUAUAUAUAUUUUUUUUGUCUCUAUAUCAUAUAUAUUUGGUCUUUAUCAUAUAUUUGUAACAUUGAAUGACAUAAUAAAUAAUUAUUAUUACCAUCAGAUUUUUUAUUUGUAUUCUCAAGAGAAUGUAUUAUCUAUUACUGGAUAGUUCAGUGCUGAACGGUUCUUGAACGGAGCUCUCUAGUUCAGCUGUAGGCUGUGUGCAUGUAUUUAGCUUUUGACCCCGGUAGCGCCUAGUGUGUCCAUAUGAUCACAUGCCAUAUCUUGAAAACCAAUGAGUGUAAUAUGUUGAAAUUCUAGAAACAGUAUUCUUUUUAUACCUACAUCAAAUUCUGAGAGUAUCAUGAGAAAUGAGAGUAAAAAAAAACUCCGGCGCUAAAGGGUUAAG